AUGCCCAGGUCAGCGAAGGAAGUACUCGACUAUGUCAUGAACAUCUUCUUCAAGGACAAUACAUGGCAUGAAACAGCCGCUAAUCUCAAGGCCAAUCCCAUUUUCUUUGGAUCUGACCUCGAGCGACUUGCGCUUGGUGAAGACUGCCACGAGCUUCAUCUCGCAGCUGCAUCCAUGGAUUGGGUUGGAGAUCUCCAAUACGAAGCCAAGGUGGCCGAGUCGCUGAAACGGCCUCGGUUUACAAGCUCUGGGGACCUUUUGCGCCACCAGGGCCCGAGCCAGCGGUUCACGUUGAACAUUCAAGAGGACAGCGAUGAUAUGGACUACCAUACCACAGUUCGAGCUUAUGGCAGCCUGCUCUGCCAGAAGAGUGACGAAUUGACCACUUGCGUACUGUAUUACGAAGAAACGAUACACAAUACCUUUGCAGCACUCGUUGUCAGGGUAUGA